AUGCCAGAAAUUAUAACUCCUCAAAAAAGGAUUAAUCAAAUUAUUGAAAAUAUUCCCUUAGUUGCUAAUAAAAGGUUCAAUUUUAAAUCAAUAAAAGAAAAUAUAAAAAUAAUCCAGGCUGACUGUUUAUUAGCAUUAGAUAAAAUGGAAAGCAAUAGUCAGCGAAAAGAAAAAGCCAAAGUAAUCGGCGGUUUGCCAGUAGGAAUGAAAUUUGACCCUCAACAAGGAAAAAGAUUACAAGAAUUUAUGUCGGUAGUUGCUGAAAAACUUCUGCGAGUGCUGAAACCAGGAGGAUUCUUUUUGUGUUUCUCGCAAGGUCGUUUAUAUCACCGAAUGGUUGUAGCAAUUGAAGAAGCGGGAUUUGAAAUUCGCGACAUGCUAAUUUGA